UCUGCUAGCAUUGGACGACAUCGUCUCUCUCUUAUAAAAUCUGUUUUCAUCUCAGUCUUCGAUCUUUCAUUUCACUUAAAAUCAUGAAAGCUAAAGAGAUGAAGAAAGAGAGAGCCUUAUCAAGACUAGUGAAAUCCCCGGUACGUUUCUUGAUCAUGGCACGUGACGCCUACAUACGUAGCAUGACAUCAUGCUCCGUCGGUUUCAUCACCGGUGGUGGUUCUGGUGGAUUCGGUUUAUCGGCCGGUAACUUUCAAAUCUGCGAAGCACCAAGCACCACUCUCCCUCGUAGCUUCAUACUUAAUACGUCAACGACGACGGGGACACGUGAACGCUGCCGGUUUGUCACACGUGGCGGUGGUGUCGGAGAAAAUAGGGCUGCGAUGAGACGACCGUUGGAUCUCAGGAGAAACUAUAGCUGUAUGGUGAUGGGAAGGAUCGAUGAAGAGAAGGCUUGUGAUGAGUUUGAAGAAGAGGGUUUGCUGUCUGUUUCUGAUCGAUUUAAAAAAAGAAAGUUGUGUGGUGUUUUUACUAUUUGUCAACGAUAAAAGACAAAAAAAACUUCCCCUAAUAAAUUAAUGUUUUUCAUGUU